UCUUAUGCUCAGCGACUCAUCCUUCACUUGUCACACCAAACAGCAAGAGAUGGCAGAGAAUGCGGAGGAAAAAGAAAGAAACAGCAUCAAAGAUGGUGAUAAGAGUAAGAAGAAGAAGAAGCUUGGAGGCAUCAAGACAAUGCCCUUCAUCCUUGCAAAUGAAAUAUGUGACAGAUUCGCAGCCACUGGAUUCCAUGCUAAUAUGAUAACGUAUUUGACACAGCAGCUGAACUUGCCGCUGGUCAAGGCCUCUAAUACUCUCACCAACUUCGGUGGAACGGCUAGCUUCACUCCUCUUAUUGGUGCUUUAAUCGCCGAUUCUUUCGCCGGCCGGUUUUGGACCAUCAUCGUCGGUUCCAUCAUCUAUGAACUGGGAAUGAUCAGCAUCACCGUAUCAGCAGUAUUCCCAUCACUGCGUCCUCCGCCAUGUCCAUCUCAACUGAACUGCAAAGAAGCCUCAAGUUCACAAUUAUGGGUCCUUUAUAUAUCGCUUCUCCUCACAUCCCUUGGCACAGGUGGAAUUAGGCCAUGUGUGGUCACAUUUGCUGCAGACCAAAUUGACAUGACCAAAUCAAGUGUUGCUUCUCGUGGCUGGAAUUUUUUCAACUGGUACUACUUCAGUAUGGGAAUGGCAACUUUGACUGCCUUGACCAUUGUUGUUUAUGUGCAAGAUAAUGUGGGUUGGGGUUGGGGUCUUGGAAUCCCAACCAUUGCCAUGGCUUUGUCCAUUGUAGCUUUUGUAUUUGGUUCUCCACUUUACGUCAAAUUAAAACCAGGUGGAAGCCCUUUCGUUAGAUUGACUCAAGUGAUUGUCGUUGCUGUGAAGAAGAGAAAAUUGGUGGCGCCUCAUGACCCCGCUAUGUUAUACCAGAAUAAAGAGCUUGAUGCUGCUAUUUCUGUCAAUGGAAGGCUUUUACACACCAAUCAAUUCAAGUGGCUCGACAAAGCUGCUAUAGUAACAGAUGAUGAGAAAACAGGUUCAAAGACACCAAAUCUUUGGAGACUAGCCACAGUCCACCGAGUCGAGGAGCUAAAAUCGCUUAUUAGAAUGCUACCAAUUUGGGCUGCUGGGAUCUUACUAGUAACAGCUUCUUCGCAUCAGCACAGCUUUGUCAUCCAGCAAGCUUUCUCGAUGGAUCGUCGAUUGUCCCAUUCCUUUGAAAUUCCACCAGCUAGCCUAUCCAUCUUCAGCGUCCUCACGAUGCUCACUGGGAUUGUUUUAUAUGAACGCCUCUUCGUUCCCUUUGCUCGUCGCUUCACUGGAAACCCCUCAGGCAUUACUUGUUUGCAGAGAAUGGGCAUAGGUUUCUUCAUUAACAUAAUAGCAACUAUUGUUUCAGCACUGGUUGAAAUGAAAAGAAAAGAAGCCGCAGCCCAUCACAAUUUACUGGAUGAUCCUAAAGCCAUUAUUCCAAUAAGUGUGUUUUGGUUGGUUCCUCAGUUUUGCCUGCAUGGAGUAGCAGAAGUUUUCAUGUCCGUUGGGCACCUGGAAUUCCUUUAUGAUCAAUCACCAGAAAGCAUGAGAAGCACAGCUGCAGCUCUCUUUUGGAUAGCAAAUUCCCUUGGAAAUUACAUAGGAACACUCAUAGUGACACUAGUUCACAACUAUACUGGCCAGAACAAUAAUUGGUUGCCUGAUAGGAAUCUGAACAGGGGAAGAUUGGAUUAUUAUUACUGGCUGGUCACAGGAAUCCAAGUUGUAAAUCUUGUUUAUUACAUAAUAUGUGCUUGGAUUUAUACAUAUAAACCCUUAGAAGAGGCCAUUGAAGAAGAUGGUAAAACAACUAAUGAAGAGAUGCAGAUCACAUGUAAACUGGAGAAUGAACAUGGGGAUAGAGAGGUCGAGCUUGGAAUGUCUACAAACGAGAUGGUUAAGAUUGUUUAGGAGAUUAGUUGUGCUUUAAUUUAAGGGUAAUAUAUUGUUUAAUCCUUGGAGUAUGCUAAAAUCUCCACUUUAGUUCCUGUAUUUUCAAAAUUUACCUUAUGAGUCCUUCAUAUUGUAAUAAAUAGAUUAAACAGUCCCUAUCGUUAUUUUAGCUGGUAAGUAACCGUUAAUUUGAGUGAAAAGACACAUUUAGCCUUUA